AUGGGGGCGAAGGCCGCGGUGCUGCUGCUGCUGGCGGCCGCCAUCGCCCCCCCCGGCCUGGGCAGCGCCCCCCUGCGCGUGGACCGAGCUGCCCCUUCCCAACCCCCCCCAAGCCGAGGCGCUGAAGGUCCACCCGGGCCACCAGAGCCACCCUCCGCCCGUCUCCGCCCGCCCCAGAACUCGCGGUACCAGACCUACCAGCGCAUGUGGAACUACAUGCAGUCGAAGCAACCCAGCGUCUUCGUCAAGAGCACGGAGGAAGGCAUCGCCCGCGUCUUGAACUCCAAGUACGCCUUCCUGCUGGAGUCCACCAUGAACGAGUACCACCGGCGGCACAACUGCAACCUGACGCAGAUCGGGGGGCUGCUGGACACCAAGGGCUACGGCAUCGGCAUGCCUCUGGGGUCGCCCUUUCGGGACGAGAUCACCUUGGCCAUCCUGCAGCUGCAGGAGAACAACCGCCUGGAGAUCCUCAAGAGGAAGUGGUGGGAAGGCGGCCAUUGCCCCAAGGAGGAGGACCACCGGGCCAAGGGGUUGGGCAUGGAGAACAUCGGCGGUAUCUUCGUGGUCCUCGUCUGCGGCCUCAUCGUCGCCAUCUUCGUGGCCGUCAUGGAGUUCGUGUGGUCCACGCGGCGCUCGGCCGAGAGCGAGGAGAUCUCCCUGUGCUCCGAGAUGCUCCGCGAGCUCUCCCACGCCGUGUCGUGCCGCCGCCCCCCCCCGCGCUCGCCGCCGCCGCCGCCCCCCCCGCGGGGUCCCCCCAAACCGCGAGAUGCGCUUCAGCAACGGCAAACUCUACUCGGGGACCCCCCCUUCGGAUGGGGGGGGGGCAGCAGGAACGGCGGGACCCCCCCCCCCCCUGCACCCACAUCCGCGUCUGCCCCGAAUGCCGACGCAUCCAGGCUCUUCGGGGGCCCCCCCGGACCCCCCAACCGCCCCCCCAAACCGAGGGGGGGCCGCGACCACCAGAGUGACCCCCCCCCCUUUGUACGCCGUGCCCAGGAGGGGGCGCGCCGCGUACGCAAAUGA